GCAGCUCCAACCACAACAACGAUUCCUUCAACCACAACAGCUGCACCAACCACAACCACAGCAGCUCCAACCACAACCACAGCUGCUCCAACCACAACAAUUCCUUCGACCACAACAGCUGCACCAACCACAACAACAAAAGCUCUAACCACAACUACAGUAGCUCCAACCACAACAACAGUGACACCAACCACAACAACAGCAGCUCCAACCACAACAGUUGCUCCAACCAUAACAGUUUCUCCAACCACAACCACAGCAGCUCCAACCACAACAACAGAAGCUCUAACCACAAACACAGUUGCUCCAACCACAACAACGGAGACACCAACCACAACAACAGCAGCUCCAACCACAACCACAGCGGCUGCAACCACAACAGUUGCUCCAACCACAACCACAGCAGCUCCGACCACAGCAAAAGUUGCACCAACCACAACAACAACAGCUGCAGCAACCACAACCACAGCUGCUCCAACCACAACAACAGAAGCUCUAACCACAACUACAGUAGCUCCAACCACAACAUCGGAGACACCAACCACAACAACAGCAGCUCCAACCAGAACAACAGUUGCUCCAACCACAACAACUGUAGCUCCGACGACAACAACAGUUACUCCAACCACAACCACAGCAGCUCCAACCACAACAACAGAAGCUCUAACCACAAACACAGUUGCUCCAACCACAACAACGGAGACACCAACCACAACAACAGCAGCUCCAACCACAACCACAGCGGCUGCAACCACAACAGUUGCUCCAACCACAACCACAGCAGCUCCGACCACAACUACAGUUGCACCAACCACAACAACAACAGCUGCAGCAACCACAACCACAGCUGCUCCAACCACAACAACAGAAGCUCUAACCACAACUACAGUAGCUCCAACCACAACAACAGAGACACCAACCACAACAACAGCAGCUCCAACCAGAACAACAAUUCCUUCAACCACAACAGCUGCACCAACCACAACCACAGCUGCUCCAACCACAACAACAGAAGCUCUAACCACAACUACAGUAGCUCCAACCACAACAACAGAGACACCAACCACAACAGUUGCUCCA